AGGUACCAGUGCUCACCUUCCAGGAGCUUUGCAGAGGCUCCCAUUGCUUUGUGCCACUGAGUCCGUGGCAGAAACUGCUGUCCUCGUCCCACCAGCGUCCCCUACCCUGAAAGAUGGUGAAGUAUGGCCUCGACUACACGCGGUGCAGAUGGAUCCUACCCCUGCUCCUGGGCAUAGGUGUCAUCUUCGGUAUCAUUGCGCUGGCGGGCAGGGGCUGGCUGGAGUCGCAGACCUUGCCCUACGUGCACCAAGCGUCGUUAUGGGAGAGCUGCAGGAGACCUGAGCAGGGUGGGGAAUGGUCCUGCGAGUCCCUCAUGGGUUACGCUUGGGGAAGAGCUGCUGCUGCCACAUACCUGGUUGGCUUUAUACUUCUAGUCAUCUGUUUUGCUCUGGCCAUCAUAGCAUUUGCCAUUGACACACUUCGAUUCAACUUCAUACGUGGGAUUGGAGGCUUGCUUUUUGUUGCUGCUGUAUUCUCCAUCAUGGGCCUGGUUAUUUAUCCAGUAAAGUUCUCGACUGAAAUUGAAAUGACGGGAAUCAAUAUGUUCAGCUGGGCCUAUGGCUUUGGCUGGACCACUGCCAUUAUGGAAAUAUGCUUGGGAUUCUUCUUCUGCUGCCUUCCUAACUAUGAAGAUCAGAUCUUGGGUAAUGUGAAGCCCACAUAUUUUUACUCUUCCCCAUAAGCACCAGGAAAAAUACAUUCGUAUUCCAAAGAUAUCUGACAGAGCAGCUACAUUUCCAGAAUAUUGUCCUUGGAUGUUAGUAGAAAAGGCUAGAAACUUUUGAAAUGUGUGUAGAAAAAUGUUACUGGAAUUCUGCAAUAAAGUUAUCCACUCUAUUUUG